AUGAUGGUCUUUUUUAAGACGGCCCUCGCGGCCCUCUUCCUCGCCUCGUCCUUGACAGAGGCACGUCCGCGCUGCCCUACUCGUGAUGAGAGGGAAUGGGUUACCGUCUGGGGUACUAUGCCUCAGCUCACCGAGCCAGCCAACUUACCGCCGGCGCCUUUUAACGAGACCGGCCGCGUGUUCAACGACGCCACCCUCCGCCAAACCGUCAAGAUCUCCCUCCCAGCAUCCACCCUCCGCCUGCAAAUCAGUAACGCCUUUGGAGGCUCCGACCUGCCCAUCACAGCCGUCACAAUUGCCCGUACCGCUAACAACACAGCCGGCACUAGCGCCAUCGACACCGACUCCCUGCAAGUUGUUACCUUCUCUGGCGGCGGCGGCUUCACCGUACCCAACGGUGCCGUCGUAUUCUCCGAUCCUAUUGACCUCUCGGUCGAGGGACAGUCGGUUGUGUCUGUUACGAUAUACCUCGCCAACGGCCAGACGACGAACAGCAUCACAUCCCAUCCGGGCAGCCGCACAACGUCCUUCCUUGUCAACGGCAACCACGUCGCGGACCAAGAUCUGGGAGCGAGCGCGACCCGGACGGAUCAUUGGUACCUCAUCAGCGCCAUCGAGGCGUGGGUUCCCAAGGGCGCGUCGGCGGUGGCUAUCGUCGGAGACUCUAUUAGUGACGGCCGUGGAUCGACGACCAACGCAAACAACCGCUGGCCCGACCACCUUCUCGCACGUCUUCAGAAGGAGUCUUCGACGCAUAAUAUCGCUAUCGUGAACCAGGCCGCGGGUGGUAACAGGGUCCUCGCAGACGGUCUGGGUCCCAACGCACUCGGCCGCAUCGAUCGGGAUGUCAUCGCGCACACGGGCGUGCGAUACGCCAUUGUCUUUAUUGGGGUGAACGACAUCGGUACCGGUGCGACUGACGCUUCUUCGCAGCAAGCCGUAGGUGAAAGGUUGGUGGCGGCGUAUGACCAGAUCAUCACCCGUCUGCACCGUUUCGGUAUUGCCGUAUUUGGCGCCACGAUUACGCCACUCACGGGAGAUGGCCAGCCUUAUUCGGACCCCGAGAGGGAAAAGACGAGGCAACGCGUGAACGAGUGGAUCCGUAGCAGUGGACGGUUCGACUCUGUCAUCGAUUUUGAUAAGAUUGUGAGGGACCCCGCGAGUCCUGAGAAGUUGAAGGUGGAGUACGACACCGGAGACCAUCUGCAUCUUAACCCCGCUGGCUACGAGGCCAUGGCCGCUGGAGUUGACCUGUUGAUUUUUGAGAAGUUCAAGGAAGGCGUUUCGGCGCUGACUUAG